GUAAAAAUGGCGUCAAAUAAGGAAAGGGAAGCAUUUUCCGAACCAGAGAGAAAAUUAGAGCCACCAGUUGAUACGAUGUAUAGAUCUACUGAUUCUAACCAACCUACAGCCCCGCCACCACCUACAGGUAAUGCAAAUGAUAUUGAAGCAGCACCACCUUAUGAUCCCAGUAAACCCCAGGAAUAUGACUCCGAAUUACCCACCUAUCAACAAGCCUUACAUGAUCCUACAGUACCUCCUCCGACGUAUGACUCUUUGUACGGUAAAAUAAAAGAUGUAAAAAAGAAAUCCACCGGAAUUGCUGAUUUCCUCAUGAAAAUACUUGAAACUCUAGUCAGUACAAUGUGUUUUACGAUUCUUCUUGGUAUUGUUAUUGCUAUACCUGUCAGUAUGAUCGCAAUCGGUUCCAUACACAUAUCCAACUGCCCAGCAGAGAGAUAUAUUCCUAUCUAUUUGAUAGUAGCAGGAUGUUUCGGUCUGUGGCGAAAUUUAACGAGCUUCAUUCCACGAUUCUGUAAGGACGACAAAGAAGCAAAAGGUGAAGAAGAAGGAGAGAAAAAGUCUAAGAGUGGGAGAUAUUUACAUCUAAUCGAUUGCUUCCUGUUGGCGUGGUUUAUUGCUGGUAAUGUUUGGAUAUAUCAAAUCUAUGGUCAUAUUGACUACACAGAUCCAACCAGCAACGAUUAUUGCCAUCAUACUGUGUAUACCUUUGCGUUCUGGAUAACCACGUCCGUUUAUAUUGUGAUUGGUUCCAUGUGUUUCUGUAUCUGUUGUGGUAGCUGUGUAGCCUUCUUCUUGGGUUAACAUCCAGACUGAUGGACGUCACCAAGCUGUGUGGCCUUCUUCUUGGGUUGACAUCCAGACUGAUGGAAGCUGUAAUGUGUCUUUUAUUUUUUAUAAAACUCUAAAAUUUUGGCCACGUAAUUUUUUGACCUUCCUGGCAAUCAGAUUAAACUACAGAUCUAUAUUUCGUUUCUUUUUUUUAUACUUUCGAUGGCUGACACUACAUGAAGAUCAGACCGGUUGUAUCGAUAGAUGACGUCAGAGGUCAUACCAGCGGCUUUUGACCUAUGACGUCAGACAUUUGAUUAACCAAUCAGCAUUGAUGUUACUAGUGGAUUACCCACAGUUCCAUGGCCUAAAGCUCGCUGUAACAGAAGGUUUCAUUGGCUAAUCCAUCACACCAUUCAGUACACGUCAAUGAUAACAACUCUUCCAGAUCCUAGUGUACAUGUAGUAAAGACAAGUAAAUCGAAAUUUUGAACUAUAAAAACUAAACGAAAUAGGAUCUGUGUUUGAAUCAGAUUGACCUUGCUGGUCAAAUACUUGUAGAAUUAAAGCUUCCUAUUUUCUUAAAUGGAACAGAAAAAAAAAAGAUUUAUUUGUCAGAUUUGAGAUCUUUACUUGCCCAUCAAUAAUUAUAUACCAUAAAGUUACAAUUUCAUAUUUUCUAAGAAAGUCAAAACAUAAUUAUUUCUAUGUCUUUUGCUCAAUAGGUUGUCAACUAACCAUUAUACGAUCAUAGGUUAUCUUUCUCACACUUAAAAAUCUUCACACCGGAAAUAAUAACACAAUUACCUCCCACUUACCUCCCUUGUUUUCCUAUCCCCCACCAUGGAAUAGCUAUCUUCAAAUGUUUGAAUUUGAAGUUGAAAAUAAUAUUUUUGCCAAUUUCUCAACUGGCAAUAGUGAAUUAUAGGAUUUAAUAGGAUUAUUCUUUUAUAAGGUAGGACUGUUUAUAGAUAUCAUCUAUUUUAGGGCUUUAUUUUAAUACAUUUUAAAAAUAUAACUUAAAAAUAUGAAAUUGUAACUUUAAAAUAAAUUUUAAAAUGUUCAUUCUCUUACAUUAAAGGGACAUUAACGUUGUUUACUAUCUUUACAACGGUAACAAUGACAAUCGAGGCUACAGUAUUAUUAAAAUGAGUAUUUCUCGGCUCACAGUGAAGUAAAUUGACUGAAAUUUUCGGCAUAUUCCUGUUACAUUAUAUAUUAUUUUAAGUAUUAUAACAAGAACUGUUACCUCUUUAUCUAAUCUUCCAUAAUGUAUCUUUAAGUUUAGAAUUUACUCAAAAUUGUUUAGUUUAACUAAAAUAUAGCCCUUUAUAAAACUUUAGUUGUUUUAGUGUAUCAAAUACAUCAUAGGUU